AUGACCAAUGAAGACCUGCGUACAGAGAUAGAAGAAAAAAAUAACAUAAAGAUCGACGACAUACACACCAUUCCAAAAGUACACAUGAUAAAAAUUAGGCUACAAUCACGACAACAAGCAAAACACACAAAAGACACUGGCAUCAAGCUCUUCUCACAGAUCAUUCCAUCAUACAACAUAAACAUUGAAGAAUAUCGCCCUGUCACUCAAUGCUAUAAAUGUUACCAGUUCACCCAUCGUACAAAUCAAUGCAAGGAGACAGACAUAACAUGCUCUAAAUGUGCCACAAUAGGACAUGACCACAGGAACUGCCAGGCGACAACCCUCAAAUGCAUCAACUGCUCUGGGGAACACACAGCCGUUUCAUUCAGAUGCCCAAACAAACGCACUGCACAACAACACCAAAACUCAAAAACGCCAGCAGCCACUACACAAAACACCACAUACGCACAAGCCGCCACAUCAGUCACACCCUCACCCAACACCACAACCACUUCCAACAACACAGAAAAACAAAGCCUACUAGACGUAAUAAUCAAAAUGUCUAUCCAGCUUUCCUUUGGAAACUUAGAAAAGCAAACAGAGCUGCUGAACUCCCUCCUUACUAGUAAUGGCUACCCAACAGUAAAAUUUCCAGCGAACUUCAUACAGAACAACGAAAAACAAUAUCAGCAAAGCUACACAGAGAACCAACAAACAACACAAAACUCUACACCACAGCAUUCUACAUCUACAUCUGCUCCCAGUCCACCUGAAGAGACCAGCCCCUCCUCACCAGGGUCAUUAGUCAUCGACGAAGAGGAAAACACCGGGGAACCACAGCCCCAAAGCUCCUCCACGUCACACCAAACCACAAACACAGUAAACAAGCGACAUAUACCCCUCACAUUACCGACUUCUCCACGAAAUACGCGAACCACCACUAGGGUUAAGAGAAACACUUAG